AUGUCGCAACAGCAAUCCAUGCAAAAAUCAGCCACUCAAUCAACUCUUCGAACUUUUACAGAUUAUGGAGGAUAAUAACGAUUAGUCAAUUAUGCAAAUUUGUAAAGAAAUCUCUCUCCUCAGGCUGAACUGUGUCUUGCAAAGGAUUACAAUUCCAAAAUUAAUAAAUAUGUAAAACAAGAAAAGACUGCAUGUACAUUACCCUCUGAGUGUGAUAAAAAAACCAUUGACAUGUGUAAAGAAAAUUUAAAUAAAAUUGCAACUCUUUAAAAAAACAAUCCCACACUCAAACCUAGUGACCCCAUAACAUAAGAAAGCAAACCAUUAAUUGAAAACAAGAGUCAUAUAAUCAAAACUCCUUUGAGCGAUGUAGAUAACUUAUGGAAUUUCCAUAAUAACCCUUUAGCUCCAAGAUAAAAUCCAAAUUCUAAGGUGAAUUACUAAACAUAGUAACCUGAUUGGAAGCCUAGUUAAAAAUCAAUCCAACCUGCUCCUGCAAAAACAAAGGAUCUUUUUGAAAAAAGGGAACUAAAAGUUGCUGAGUAAAAACCUACAGACAGGAAUCCAAUUUUAGAGGAUAAUUAAGGGAAGCAAUAUGGAAAGCAUGAAUCAUAUGGAAAAUCAGACCAUUUAGAAUGCAAAAAAUUACUUUCAAAUGGUUAUGGUUAAGAGUUGAAAUACAAAGAGGAGAAAAAUAUGGCUUAGAAACCAAACUCAUUUCAAUAAUCUGAAAGAACAUUCAAUUAUUCUUCUGUAAAUUAAGGGGAUUAUAGAAAGAAACCAUCAGAGUUUGAAAACAGAAACACAUUUUUCACUAGAAGAUGAAUAGAAUUAUGUAUAACUAUUAUAAAUAUCAUAUUAUAA